GGCAUUUUUAAACUCUCAAAGUCAUACUCUAUCCCCUCUCUGAAGUGUUAUCGUUCUCCCUCAAAUUCCCUUUUCAUCACAAAAUCAAAAUAUAUGCCUAGAAUCAAAUUUCCUCUCGCAAAUACUCAAAUAUUUCGCUUUCUUUCCUCAAUCCUUGAAUUGAAUUCAUUGUCUCUAAGAAAUUCUCUCUCAAAUUCUGAACAACAAACUAUAACCAGAACGAAGGAAGGGUACAAGAAAUCAAGAAUUUCGGAAAAUCGGCACUUCAUUAUCCAUUUAGGCUUUACAAAUCAAUUCAUUCUCCACCCCCAAAGGCCAGUUCUGGGUUGACAAGAAUCCACCGGUGAACCAACAACGUGAAAUCAUAGGGAGUCAGCAACAAGAACUCAUCUGAGACCAUAGGAGGCCACGCCAAUCUUUUCGAAGACAAGAUGGAUAAAUCUUGGAUUAACAUAAAAGAUCGAGUAAAUGAUGAUGCUUUUAAGCGUGGUUUACACAGCUUCCUUGAAUUUGCAUACAUAAGCAAGUCGGCAGAGGCUAAGAUUAAGUGUCCGUGCACUAAAUGUAGAAAUUCUAGAUUACAGUCCAGAGAUGAGGUCUACAGUCAUGUUAUGGUAAAUGGUUUUCUUGAAGGAUACACCAACUGGGUGUAUCAAGGCGAAGAACCAUAUUACCUUAAAAAUAAACAUGUUGAUGCAUCACAAGAAAGAAAUGACCAUCAUGAUAUGGGAGGACUGAUACAUGAUGCAUUGAGAACAUCGUUUCACCAUGGAGAAUUUCAUGAAAAUACCAGUAGUUUUGGUACUAAUUCUGAAGAUCCCAUAGGAGAAACACUACACAAUAAGAAUCAUUUUGAUGAGAACACUGAAAAGUUUUUUAAAUUAUUAAAGCAUGCCGAGUGUGAGUUAUUUCCUGGGUGCAAAACCUUUACUACCCUGUCAUUUAUAGUGCGAUUGUUGCAUGUGAAAUCACUUUGUCGUUGGAGCAACAAUUCCUUCACAAUGUUGAUGGAAGUCUUGAGCGAGGCGUUUCAACAAAAUGAUAUGUUUCCAAAAUCUUAUAGAGAAGCUUGGAACAUAAUUAAGGAACUUGGACUUGAGUAUAAAAAGUUUCAUGCUUGUCCCAAUGAUUGCAUGCUUUACUGGAAAGACACAGAGAAUGAUGAAGCGUGUAAACAUUGCAAGACUUCUAGGUAUAAGCCAUUUGAGGUGCAUGGCGAGUGCUCAACUAAAAGGGAGCAUAGAAUUCCGGCAAAAGUCGUUCGUUAUUUUCCUUUAAAACCCAGGUUACAGAGGUUAUUUAUGUCUUCAAAAACGUCUCAUUUGAUGAGAUGGCAUGCAGAAGAACGCAUUAAGGAUGGUAAGCUUAGACAUCCUGCAGAUUCUAAAGUGUGGAGAUCAUUUGAUGAAAAGUACCCAGAUUUUGCUGUUGAUUGUCGUAAUGUUAGACUUGGACUAGCUGCUGAUGGUUUUAAUCCAUUCAAAUCAAUGAGCAUUUCUCAUAGCACAUGGCCCGUUGUUCUCAUACCUUAUAAUUUACCACCUGGAAGAUGUAUGAAACAACCUUCCAUUAUUUUAUCCACGCUCGUCGAUGGUCCUCGAAGUCCAGGGAAUGAUAUUGAUGUGUAUUUGCAGCCCUUAAUUGAUGAACUUCAGGAUUUAUGGGAUCACGGGGUUCCUACAUAUGAUGCGACAGACAAAUGUAUGUUCCAGUUACGUGCUGCACUAUUUUGGACUAUAAAUGACUUUCCAGCAUAUGCUAUUAUUUCAGGUUGGAGUACAAAGGGUGCAUAUGCAUGUCCUUGUUGUAACAAAAACUGUCAAUCACGUUGGUUAAAAAAUGGAAAGAAGCAUUGUUAUAUGGGACAUCGUCGUUUUCUUCCAAGUGGGCAUAAGUAUCGUACAGAUAGGAUUCAUUUUGAUGGGUCUAUCGAGAAAGCUCCAAAACCUUCACGAUUGUCAGGUUCAGAGAUAUUAGAGCAGGUGGAUGGUAUAGUAAAUAACUUUGGGAAGUAUACUGACAAAAACGUGAGAAGAAAAAGAGGACGGAAUGAAGGGUUUCAUGCUCAUACUUCAACAUGCAGAUACAAUUGGAAGAAGUUGAGUAUAUUCUUUCAAUUGCCAUAUUGGAAAGAUAAUCUAGUUCCCCAUAAUCUUGACAUCAUGCACAUAGAGAAAAAUGUUUUGGAAAAUAUCUUAUGGACUUUGCUUGGUGUUGCUGCUAAAACAAAAGACAAUCUUAAGUCCAGAUUGGAUCUUCAAGAACUCAACAUUCGAAAGUCUCUUCAUCCUCAGAGAGAAGGCGAUAAGAUUUAUCUACCAUCUGCUUGUUUUACAUUGAGCAAAAAAGAGAAAGAUGUUUUUUUGCAAGUCUUAAAGAAUGUAAAGGUACCCGAUGGGUAUGCAUCGAACAUCUCAAAAUGUGUUAAUAUAGCAGAGCGGAACAUAUUUGGUCUCAAAAGUCAUGAUUGUCAUAUUCUUAUGCAACAAUUGCUACCGGUAGCUUUAAGAAGAUUGGUUCCUAAGCAUGUCUGCAAAGCCAUAAUUAACUUAUGUGAAGUUUUCAAGCAAUUGUAUUCAAAAGUUCACACUGAAGCUGAUUUUGAAGAUUUAGAGGAACGAGUUGCGCUAGUGCUAUGUGAAUUAGAGAAAAUUUUUCCGCCUUCAUUUUUUGAUGUUAUGGAGCAUUUACCAAUUCACUUGCCAGAAGAAGCUAAACUUGGUGGACCUGUUCAAUUUCGUUCGAUGUAUCCGAUUGAGAGGUAUUUAUGCACAUUGAAAAAUUAUGUUCGCACUCGAAGUCACCCAGAAGGAUCUAUAGCAGAGGGGUAUCUUGCUGAAGAAUGCAUGACAUUUUGUUCAAUGUAUUUAAGUGAUGUCGAGUCUAAACUAAAUAGACCGAAUAGAAACGAUGAAAGUGGUGAGACAUCCAAACCUCAAGGUGGUCGUUCCUUGGGAAAAGAAGAAACUUUUAUGUUGGGCGACAUCGAAUGGACUCAAGCACAUAGAUAUGUGAUUAAUAGUUUAUCAAUUGUGGACAAUUAUAAAAGGAAACAUUUGAGUGAGCUACAACGUACAAGUCGACGCAUGUCAAGUUAUGAUAGACAAAAGCUUCAUGCUGAAACCUUUCAUGACUGGUUUAAAAGUCAUGUAAACGCAAGCAAUGGUACCGGUGUAGAACAUGAUAUUCAACACUUAGCUGCUGGACCAAGUAAAUGGGCUCGACGUUACACUGGAUAUGUUAUAAAUGGAUUACGAUUUCAUACUAAGAUGCGAGAGAUAAGGAGAAAAACCCAAAAUAGUGGCGUGUUCUUAUCUGCUUCUACGAAUAGUUUCUCAAGUAGUAAGGACAAAAAUCCUAAAUCGGGAGAUGUCUCAUUUUAUGGUGUUUUGAAGGAUAUAAUUGAAGUGAGAUACACCAAUUAUUUGAAAUUUGUGUUGUUCAAGUGUGAUUGGGUUGACUACAAUGUAGGGUUGAGGCGUGAUGAGUUUAACUUCACUUUGGUCAACUUUAAUCACUUACUAUACAGAGGAAAUAGAAAACUAGAUGAACCAUUUAUUCUAGCAUCUCAAGCCCAACAAGCUUGGUAUAUUCAAGAUCCAGUUGAUUCAGAGUGGCAUGUAGCUUUGAAAAUGACACCUCGAGCUAUAUUCAAUGUGGACCCAGAGGUUAAUGAAAUUGAAAGUAUUGAGGAUGAACAAUUUUCAAGUCAACAACAUGAAGCAGAUGUUGACAAUGAAAAUUUGGCAUGGGUUAGAGCAGAUGUAGACAGGGUAUCACUUACAGGAAUCGACAUUCCUAUUGGUGAAACUAAUGUUGAUGAUUUUGAUAAUGAUGAUGCAAACCUUGAGGAUGAAGACGUUGACGAAGAAGACUUUGAGAGUGAUAAUUCCGAUUCAAGUGAUGAUGAUGACUUUUUUGAAGAAAGAACACCACCAAAUGAUAACGAAAAUGAUUAGAAAAUUCGCGGAUUGGUGUGUUUGGAGCGACCUGGGGUCUUUUUCAGAUGUCUGUGCGCUGGACUCUGGCCUUCGAGGGACGGGCUCCGUUGGCUGCCCAUGAGUCGUAUCAACUUUGUCGAUGAUUUGCGUGGACGUUUAACGGUGGCUGCUUCUUUGGGCAGCACCACCUCUAGCAUGCGUAAGGCAGAUUUCUUUCAUUUUCAUUUUCUUUCCUUAUUUGAUGUUCUUAGAUUAGAUUUUUGCGAUUGUGUCUGGUUUGAUAUUACAUUUCGUAAGAUUCAUAGGUGUUUUUGGUGGUAUCCGGUUUUUAUGUCUUGUUUCGCUGUUGAAAUCCGGGAUUGUCUAAGGGCGAUGGUUAGGCCGGAGCUUUUGAGGCGAUUCGUUCCGCUUUCUCGGCAUUUAUUUUUUUGCGAUUUUUUGCGCUUUGUACUGGACGAGCACUCUUUUUCCUCUUUUAGCUUUUUCCGUUGCAGAUUUUGCUAUAAGAGGUUUUAAUGAGGCUCGGCCUUUAGUCUGUUUUUUCUAUGCUCUCAAGGGUUUAGGUUUUUUCUAUUUUCUUUUAAUAAUAGCUUUAUUUUAAUCUAAUAGUGCAAGUUAUUGUUUAAGACUUUCAUGUAGAAGGACUAUUCAAGAGAUAUAUUAUUAUUAUUAUUAUUAUUAUUA